AUGGAUGUUCCGCCCUUCCCAAACUUUCUUUUCGUUGUCCAGUGCAACAUUAUGUGCUUCGACAGAAGCUUAAGUUAUCUCUCUGAUGGAGCUACGAUCCUGGUGUGGACCCUUUCCGAUGCCGAGCACUCGGAACGAGAAGGGGCACCGCAUGAGGAUGCUCGACUGCUCGAUUAUCGGGUCAAACGAGGCCCAGCUCAACGAUCAAAGAUCUUCGGAGCUUGGGUGGCUGACAAGAAAACUGAGAACUGUGACCGGCCGAGACACUCCGUGAUCGCUACAAGCCGAGAUAAGGUGUUGUUCAAGAAGUUGCUGGAGGCCGACAUGGUGUUUCGCGAGUCGGAGAUCUAUGGGGUCUUUGUGGGACUCACCAAGAAGUCCGGGAAGGAAUUGAACGAGAAAAACUUCUCGGCGGAGGAGAGGAAGAUGUUCGACGGUGCCAAAGUGGUUGAGAUUGAGAACUUGACGAACCAGAAUGCGAUAGAGUUCGUCGCUACCAAAGAAAAGGCCGACCGGGCUCGUCGCGAAGAAGAGGACCGAAUUGUUCCUUCAAGGUUUGUGCUGACAAACAAAAGGCAAGAAAUCGGUGGGAAGUGGCGUGCGAAAGCACGAUGGAUACUUCUGAGACAUCGGGAUCCAGAUGCUCUGGAGAUGGACCGAUUGAGUGCUGCGCCAACGGUGAUGUUGGCAUAUCAGAUUCUGGCGAGCAUGCGGUACCGGCUGCUGAUCAUGGACGUGACGACUGCUUUUGGCCAAAGUGAUCCACAGACGAGACCACAGGGCAACCUCUACGCUUCGCUGCCAACCAGCGGGAUCCCAGGGCGCCCACAGUGGUCGAUCAUUUGGGUCGUGAACGCUGUCUAUGGCCUCGUGAAUGCGCCGUCGAGUUGGCGGAAAACUGUGGUUCGAUAUCUCAUCACGCUCGGGUUCCACGAGAGUGUCUACGACCCCUGCCUGUUCUUCCUUCCCUUUGAUGAGGCAGACAAGAAUGCCGGUGCCCAACGCGGAUGCGCAGGGUUGGUGUUGCUGGAUGUGGAUGAUUUCGCUAAAGGAGGCAACGAACGGCAUGGCCGACUCAUGGAAGAACUCAGGGGGCGGUUCCGCUUUGGGAAAUGGCGAGAGGUGUACAAGUACUACGGCGAGUACCUCGGGAGGACUGUGAGACAGCUGGAGAACUUCGAGAUCAGGGUUGACAUGGAACGAUACAUAGUGGAAAAACUCAAGCCGGUGGUGUUCGCCCGUCGGAGACUCCAAGAUGGAGAUGAUGCUCAUUUGACCGAGCAUGAGGUGAGUCUGCUUCGAGGAGCUGCCGGGUCCCUUCUAUGGGUGGGAAAAGAGUGUCGUCCCGACUGUGGAGCGGCGUGUGCCAUGUCCAUGUCGUGGGGCUCGAAGCCGCCCACAAUCCGCCAUGUCAAGGCCGCGAACAAGGCGAUAAGUGAGCUUCAGCGGACGGCCAAGACCUUUCUUCGAAAGCCACAAGGUGGCUUCAUCGUCGCCUAUGUGGACAAAACGAUCAUGGAUGGUGAAUUGGUGCGGACCAGCAUCCGAUGCUGGAAAAGCCAUAAGCUCCGGCGUGUGGUGAAGGCAUCCUUGGGUUCCGAAGCUGCACACGUGAUGGAUGCUUCCCGAUAUGGGCCGGAUUUGUCUGCCGUGGCAGUGCGUCAGCCGGAUCCCCAGGAUCCAACGAUCAUGGUGACGGACGCUCGGGCCCUCUACGACCUCUACAACAGACGGAGUGGUGCUGCCGGCCUCGACAGAAGGGCUCAGAUCGAUGUGGCAGUAUUGGCCACGUCGGCGAAGGUGCUUGGCGCACGAGUGUUUUGGCUGCCGGGCUUGUACAUGUUAGCCGAUGCCCUCACCAAGCGAUUGGGAAAUUCCCAAUUGGCCAGAUUGGUCAUGGCUCUGGGUCUAUACGGUCUGUCAUGUUAUCCUAGUGUGCCAUCGUUGACCAUUGGGCAUGUUCCUGAAAGCAACUUGGACGUCCGAACCGCUGCCGCGACAGGUGGCUCCAAUUUUGCUCUUAGUGAGAAGAUGUUUCAUAUCAAAGCUUGUCGCUCAACGGACGGCAUGGCAGGCUCGUCGCAUGUGGACCUAUCAAUUUCGGACGUGAUUCGCCAGCUCCGGGAGCAAGGCGUGUUUCAGCGCGUCUGGCGUCACGUCAUGGUAGACUUGGCUUGGCGGCAAAAGGGCCAGAAGUGUGCGGUUGGGCUCAGAGGGACGGAGAGCGAGGGAAGGUGGCUGGCUUGUGAGCCCUGGGAAUACCACCUGACAGCCAACUUCUCCUCGGUUUUGCCGUCAAUAGAAAAUCGCGACGGCCUGGUGGGUGAUGGCCUGGGCAAGUCCAACAUCGCAGUUUGCGUCUUGGGAGCUCCCCGCACUGUGGUGAAGACCUACGAAAGCAUUCGCGAGAAGGUGGUUGACACUCUGAAAGGCGACGCCUUCAUCUAUGUGCCGUUCUCGGGCACUUUCACCCCUGCGUUGGAGGAGGACCUCAGGGCACUGGGCCGUGCAGUCACUGCCAUAGUUGUUCCAGACGUUGACCGUACCACCUUCGAGGCAUACCGAACGGACUCAGAGAGAAUUUUACGAUCCCAGGCUGUGGAUGCUCUACUCAAAGGCGAAUGGGCCUUGGAGGGCCCCGAUGUUUCGCCAAAUGGGCAGCAGCAUGUCCGGUCCUCGGCUUUGGAACACGAGUGGCCCGAAUCGUAG